UGCGUCGUUUGGGCGUGGCCGGAACUAGUACGCUACAACACGUACCUGCUGUCUUCUUUUCCCUUCUUGCUGAAGAAUCAAAUCAAGAACACCGUCCACCCAAUAUGGCAGAGGCGAGCAAUCCCACGCAACGGCGAUCGCAAGCUGGAGGGAGAAAGCUAGCCCGGAGGUCCGGCGUGUGGAAGCACUUCACCCGCUUCGCCGACGUAGACGGGACGGCCAAAGCGAGGUGCAACAUCUGCAGCCAGGUGCUCGGCGCCGACACGAGGAGCGGCACGAGCAGCCUGUGGGGCCACUGGAGACGGCACGAGCAACGGCAAGAAAUGCCCGGCCAAUCAGUAGAUCCGGCACCGCCACCGCAGCCGCCGUCGCCGGCGCUGGCUGGCGCUGCAGAAGAGCUAGCUCGGAUGAUCGCGUUGCGCGUGUACGACCCGUCGGUCGUCGAGGACGACGGCUUCAGGAGCUUCUUGCGCCGCGUCAGCCCGGGGUUCCAGGUGCCGUCCCGCUCCAGCCUCGCCGUCGAGGAGAUGUGCGACGCGAUCUUCCAUGAAACAAGGAAGGACAUCCUCUCCAGGAUAGGCGACGUCGCUCCUGGGAUGCUCAGUUUGGCUGUGGGUACAAUGAGAACCGUCCGAGGGAAAGUGCUGUAUACGGCGUGCCAUUUCAUUGACGAUGAAUGGAAGCUUCACAAGGUAAUCAUGGAUGCUUACCCCGAUCUACAUUUUUAUGACCUUCGUGCCGGGCUGUUGGGAGUUGACUAUGUUUGUCUAUCUCCGCAUUUCAUUCGAAGUGCCAUUGGGAAAGUUGUGGAUGACAUCUUAUAUAAUCGUGAUCUAGAUAAUGUGUUCAUGAUGGUGUGGGAAAUAGAGGGCUCCCACGAUAUUGACCGUAAACUAGAGAAGUACCAAUUCAUAGCGACAAACCAUACCAGUACAACCUACAUGGACAAUGUGAUUCACUCGAUUGCUAGAUUGCUUACACUGCAUCGAGACUUCACUGGUGAGAUGUACUCAGACUUGUUAGAUUUAGAUUUGACUAGACAAGACCGCCAUCGGUUUUUUUCACAACUUGGUCUAGAUUAUCACCACCUGUGGACAUAUAAUGAAGAUUGGUACUCGCAAUACUGUUCUUUGGAAAUUCUUCGCAAUAAAGGCUAUGGAUAUACGGAUACACUGUUUACAGAACUAUUGUGUAUGCUCUGGGGGGCAAUAUACCGUUCAAUUCAAAGGAUUUCUGCCCCCAAUUGUCCCACAUCAUCAAAUCUUUGUCUUCUACAGUUGUUUAACCUGAGGGAAGUUUUUAGGCACCAACUAGCAAAGGCAAGUGGAGAGGAUGCAUUUGCCUACAACGAUUCUAAUGGAUUUCAUGCCCUCGAAGAUGGCAAAGAUGUUGCAGACAUUCUUAGAGAAGCAAUGGUGGCCUUAGACAAGGCUUUACAAGAUUUCUACCUAAUCUGGUCUAUACCACUCAUACUGGAUCCCCGGUACAAGCUCGUGUUCACAAAAUCCAUUUUCGAAACAGCCUACGGCUCCCAGGCUGCCGAAUACAUCUCUAAGGUACAGCAAAAUAUCAGUGAGCUAUAUUCUGCUUAUGUUGAAGACCAAACUGAACUUGUUUGUUAUCUAGAAGAUGAGAGAGUCCUUGAUCUAGCAGAAGGUUUUGACAUUCUUAGCUGGUGGAAGGUUCAUGGCUCAGUUCGCUACCCAACGGUGGCUCGGAUGGCGAGGGACGCUUUGGCGAUGCCCACAAGCAGCACGCUUUCUUCUGAGCAAAUCUCGCAUGUCAUGAGCAUCAUUCGCGGCUACUCCAUGAAGGGGUGGUUCAGUUAGAUUUGGACUCCAGAUCUUUUAGAGGCCAAGGGGCGUGUCUCAGUAGCACAUGUAAUGUCGGCACCGUCGUCUUUAGCAUUGAUCCAUUCGUCGUCUGCUCAAGUGUUCUUCUUCAUCAGGUCCUUCAAUCUGGCUAGCUCAAUUUCUUGGGGUUUCAUUCCCAAAAUAUCCUUCUUGGUGUUGUUGGUCAUGUAUCUUUCAUGAGAUUUAAUCCAGUCCAAUAAAAAAUAACUCAAGAUACUGGUACCUCGAGAU